CAGGGUGUGAACUGCUAGUAUAAUAUUGUUGGUAAUAUUAAUGCACGAUGAAGGCUGCAGGAAUGUUACUAUACAAGUUUUUACCUAUAAAAUUUACAAUAACGAAGAAACGGUUCGUGGUCGGAUUCGCCAGUGUCGUGUUUCUCUUCGUCCUAGUGAUAUCGAGCGACAGUGAAAUAAUACAAAGGAUUACACCGUUCUUGGGAUACGCUCAGGAACGCGACGUAUCGUGCUACGAAGAGUCGUCGACGAUCGACUCAAUCGAGCAACUCGAAUCCGGAGAAGAUAGGACUUCGGAACGAGGGAUAUUCUUCCACGAGACGUCGUGCUUCGGGGAGGAAGGCGUCCUCCUCAACGCCCGUCAAGCUUGCGCCGUCGAAUCCGCGGCGAAGAUGAACCCGAGGAUGACGGUUUACCUGCUCUACGUAAGUCCCGUGAAGUUCUCCAACGCCUCUAAAAAGAUCGUCAGGCAGUUGACGAGCUACGAGAACGUCAGGAUACGACACAUUUCCAUGGAGAGGUACACGAAAGGCACGCCACUCGAGAAAUGGUACGCCACGGACAUUAUCAAGUCCAGUCGAUGGCCCAGGAGUCACAUGUCCGACAUCCUGAGGUACCUCACCCUCUGGAAAUACGGAGGGAUUUACCUCGACCUCGACGUCGUCGUCACCUCGAGUCUGGAAAAGCUGAAGAAUUUCGCCGGAGCCGAAAACUGGGAAUAUGUGGCUGCCGGGGUUUUGGGCUUCGAGAAGUCGGGAUUGGGUCGAAGAAUGGCUGACGCUUGUCUGCGGGAUCUGAAGACCAACUUCCGGGGUGACAAGUGGGGCAACAAUGGUCCUGGCGUGAUAACGAGGAGCCUGCAAAAGCUCUGCGCGACGAAAUACGCCCGAGAUAUGACGACGGAUCGGUGCCACGGGUUCAACGUCUAUCCGCCCUCGACUUUCUACCCGAUCUAUUACGAAAAAUGGAAACGUUACUUCGAGGAGACGGACAGAAACGCGACGUUCAAACUGCUCGAGGAUUCCCUCCUCAUUCACGUAUGGAACAAUCUGAGCAAGAACGAGAAAAUUGUCGUUGGCAGCCAGGCCCCGUAUGCCCUGAUCGCUCAGAAACAUUGUCCCAAAGUCUACAAUAACUGUGGGAAAGUGUUUUGAAGGGGAACUGUAUUGUUUUUUAUAAGCAGUGUGAAAGAUGUUUAUGUACAGUAUUAUGUAUGUUCGAAGUUUUUAAUCUUCGGGCGGGGUUGAAAUUCCGAAUUUGAAAAG